AUGAAUGAUACAACGAAUUCAAUGCUGGAUCCGGGUAUUUCGUCGUUGAUCGAGCUCAACAAAUUAACCGGGGAACUAACUUUUAAAAGGCGCAUAGAUUAUGAAGAAUUAGCCAACAAGACUCUGCAGUUUCAAGUUCAGGCAAUCGCUGGGGAAGCGGAGGAUAAACGAAUGAGUUUAGCGACAGUGAAACUCGAUAUAUUGGAUGCCAACGACAACAGUCCAACGUUCAUUGAAGAGGAGUAUAAAGUAAAAAUAUCAGAGUCCAUUCACCAUCCGGAUGUUUUGGUCACAGUGUCAGCAACAGACAAAGAUUCUGGGAAAUUCGGACAGAUCUUGUAUUAUGUUUCGGGCGAUGGAGCUGAUCUAUUCGUCAUCGAUGAUCCAACUAAUGGAAUAGUCCGUGUGGCUCCGAACGUUUCGCUUGAUCGAGAGAAACAACCUAGUUACACCUUUACUGUCAUUGCUGCGGAUCAACCGCAAGGCAGUGAAGAGCAAAAGCGCUCCUCUGCUUUGGUAAUGGUAGAACUGAUUGAUGUGAACGACAAUGCUCCUGCUUUUACCCAACCUUCCUAUACUGCCGUUGUUCCGGAGAACGCCCCGCUCGACUGGAGCGUCUCCCAAGUAGAAGCCCUAGAUCCUGAUCAUUUAUAGUUGAGCCAUUGCAGUGGAUCAACAGCAUAGGCCUAUCUACAGCGAUACAAAGACGAAGUUACAGUUUGACCUGGGCUGGUUUGGUUUUACACUUUUCCUGCUGUAUUAUACGGUUACGUCUUUUUUUCAACCAUCAACAGAGAAAAAUCAGGGAGAAAAUUCUUGACAUGUGCAACCUAUUUACAACUGCUAAGUGUAAAAGUAAAAAAACUAGAGUAAACAAAUUAAAUGCAAUAAAA